AUGGCACCUCUCGCCUCUGCUCUCUCUAAUCUCAUUCAGUCAUUCACCUCCAUUGUCGCAUCCCUUGUCAAUUCGGUCUUGGCCGUGCUCCAGGCCAUCCUCGCCCUCGGUGGAGACCUCCUGAAUGGCCUGUUGCAGCUUGUGCAGGCGUUCGUGGCGUUUGGGACGGAUUUGUUCGGGAGCGCGCUUGCGUUUGUAGCCGCCCAUUUCGUUGCAAUCUUGCUCAUUGGCGGGGCGUACUACUAUUACACCAAUUACACCGAUCAGGGUGGCAGGGCGAGAUCGUCGAGGAAGAUACGAUAA